GACAUGUAAAAAAAUAAAACUGAGGAAGAAAAACAAUUCAAAAGAAGGAACAUCAACCAUCACCAAAAUAUUCAGUGUAGCUUUCACCACAACUCAUGAACUGAAGUUCAUUAGGAUGAAGAUUUGUAUAAAAUGUGACGUCUGGUGUUAAAUUGCAUUAAUCUAAGUUUGCGGCAACUGUAGUGAACCUUUACUUUAGCAAUGAGUGCAUGCACUGAAAAUGUGAUUUUUUUUGUUCACAUCGCUAAAAAAUCCUACUGCUCCUCAUUGUGUUUUUGGGAUGAUUGAGCAUUGAGUGGGCAACAUUUUGGCGCAAAAACUGUAGCCUAGAGGCCAGGGUAGAAAGAAGGCAAAAUGUGCCCAACCUUAGCCUUGAGCAGAGAAAAAAAUAAUAACACUUGGACAUAACGGUGACUAUUUUACCCUAAAAUUGUUUGAGACGCAGUGGUGAAAAAAUAAGUCUGUUUUCACAAUAUCUGUUGGGUUACAGUGAGACAACAGUGGUGAAGACAGAGAGGAAUUGUAAAAAAGGCAAACCAUGAGACCCAGCCCAGAUAAAUAAGAAAGAUCACUACAGCAGACUUCCGAGAGCACCUGUCAACUAACUUGGCAGCUGCAUGUCAUCCCAAUUGCAAAAAGCCUAUUCCACUGCUUUUCUGAAGAUUAACUACUAAGCGAGGGCCACAAUGAGGUAAGAUGUGUAGUGAACACUAAACAGUGAAUAUUACUUCUAAAAACAAAACACUUUCCACACCAACAUUUUUAAAUUAGAAGCACAUUCUUAACAAAUGAUUAAUUGAUAAUGGAGUGCAAUAAUUGGCUGCAACCAGCAGAGGCCCUCCUGGCUAAUUAAGUCUCUUCUAGUUUGCUCUCUAAAAGGAGCACCAAGCAUCUAGGAAUUUGCGAUGUUUCGAUCCUGCAAAUUCAAGCAAUUCCUGUGAAUAGUGUGAAGCCUCACAACUUUGUUCAAUCCCCACAGCUUUCUCAUAGAUUUUGGAAAAUCAUUGUAAUUUUCACCAAACAAAUUUUUCCUUGAACAAACGAUUUCAUCAACACCUAUGUUUUUUUCUUGUGUAUACCAAGUAGGAACAGCAACGUCACUUCCGUUUUUCUUGUUAUUGGCAUAAUUAACACGAUGAUAAAGCAGCUAAAACGUAGCAUUAAAAAACAAGUAAGAGUCAGUGUAAAGUUUGAUCAGAAAAUGCUGCAUAUCUGUUCUGUUCUUGGGUGUUAAGUUCAAGUUUCAAGUUUACAAGUUUAUUCACAAUACCAUAUAACAAUUAUAAUAGUCGUGAAUAUCAUCAUUUAAAGAUGUUGGUACGUGAAAGGGUCCCCCAAAUAAGCUAGAAGAAGCUUUUAACAGGGGGUCCAAAGGACAAUAUAUACAUGGAAAGGUUAAACAUAGUAGCAAGCACAACAACAAAAAACAAAAACAAAAUAACAACAACGCUAUUUGAUAAACACAAGAUAAUAGUACUAAAGCAAGCAUACACAUACAUACAUACAUUCAUUCAACCAUCUUGAGGCUCUCAUUAAGCUGGUUGUAACGCAGGUGUCAAAUACAUUUGCGGAGACUAUUAUGCUCUUGUCUUUCUAUUUCCUCUUUGCGCACUUCCUAGUCACGUGACCGCCACAGUCCAAUCAGCUGUAGGUAUAUACCGGUAGCCGGAAGUGACUGGUAUGCUCUUGCUGUAGUUAAUCUUUGGCAACUCUGCGCACUCCUCCCUUGUCACGUGACCGCCGCGGUCCAAUUGGUGGUGCUUAUAGCAGGAAGUAGCCAGGAGACAGGACAUGAGAGAUCGAUUGCAUUUCUGCUCGAGGUAGGCUUUAAACAUUGUUUUCACCUGAAAUAUUGUGCUGACGUUUUUUUAAACGACAUGCCUAUUUUGUAACUUUAUAGAGCCGACUUCCAGCGCCAGAUUCUUUGUCAUUAAGCUGUGUUUGACUGUAGAAGCUGAAUUGGCCAGGCUUCUCUUUUUGAUGGCGAGCUAAGGAAAAUAAUCACCUAGUCCAAGGAUCAAGUUUGGAAGAUUCCAGCCAGGAACCUCACCACCUGCUCUGUCUGGGCUGGUAGGAGGCUCUCGAGCCGACCCUUUACAAUUGUCACUUUACCUGCAGCACAUGGACUGUACUGCCGUCCUUUUUUUCCCCCAAGAACAACUAUCUGAACUGAGAUUUAAACAAGAUCCAGAGACACUGAAUAGUUAAAUGGAAUUGUAUAUAUGUAUAUAGUACUUGUGUUUUUCUCUUUAAAUUACUUUCAUGUUGAAUGGCCAUUCAACUCAUUGUGUGUAUAUAUGUGUUGUCCAUCACUAAUUCUCUAAUACACGGUGUCAACCAAACUACAAUUCAAGCUCUGCCUCUCUCUACGAGUUGAAACUAGUCUUCUGUUCCUAGACCAUAACACCCCAUAAAUAUAUUUAGUGCAUUGCUUUGUAGCAUGCAUAGGUUACAAAAUUAGUGGCGAGCUAGCCAGGAGAGAGCGCAGCUUAAAUUAUGUGUUUUGUGUUGUGUGGACAGAAUGUAACUUUACAAUGGACGUAAUUGAGAAACAUGGCAUAAAUAUACAUAAUGCAGUGUUGAUUGAAUGUGAUACAACGGCUGAAGAAAAUGAAGAGGUAAUGACCUUUUUGUCUAAAUACGGUUCGAUUGGUCAGUGUGAAAUUAUUGAUGAUUGGGAAUCAGAUUUUAGGCAUGAAUGGGUUAUUGAGUAUAAUUCUGCUGAUGCUAUUAACGCACUGCGUCACAUUUUGCCUUAUACUUUUGUGAGUCAAAAUGGUAAAAUUUCUGAAAUAUUUGAGCUGUCUGCUGUUUGCGCUACUAGCAUAGAGAAACAAAAAACAAAUGCAUAUUUAUCUGAUUUAAAAGAGUUGGCUAAGCUAACUGGUAAGGACUUUACGGAAGUCCUCAACGAUGUGAUGUCCCUGCUUGGUCACUCUGUUAUGCAGCUUGGUCCAGUCCAAACUAAAACUCUGCCAACUUCUGCUGCUCAAGCAACCCAGUCAACCCCCACUGCCAGUACUGAGAGUCAGGAAUUGCUAUCCGAUCGCAUUGAACAUAAAACCCAUUCCAAAACCAGAACCUCUUUCCCACAUAUUGCUGCACCUACCCUGAACCCACCAGAAGUCCAACGUUAUGUGGUUGAGCACAUCGUUAAAAACGAGGACAGUGCGAUGCUUCAUCUCUCCAGCCAGCGUCUCAGAGUUUUUUCUGGGAGGUUGCCCCGGCCUCCAAAUGAAACAUAUUAUGAAACAUGGCGUGUUACUGUGGAUUUAAUGGUAAAUGAUUCCUCUAUUUCUGAUUUGCAGCGAUCACGCAAAAUUUUUGAAAGUCUUCUGCCUCCCGCAGCCGACAUGGUCAAGCACUUGAAGCCUGAAACACAGCCUGCAGUCUAUCUCCAUAUUCUGGAUUCAGCGUACGGCACUGUGCAAGACGGAGAUGAGCUUUAUGCUAAAUUCAUGGACACGUUUCAAGACUCAAAUGAAAUGGCAUCGUCCUACCUUCAGAGGCUGCAAGUUGCUCUCAAUUUAGCUGUCAAGAGAGGGGGAGUUCUACACGAGGAGACAAAGAAACACUUACUCAACCAGUUUUGUAGAGGCUGUUGGGACAAUGUCGUAAUCUCCGAGCUCCAACUCAGGCAACGUAAGCAUAAUCCGCCAUCCUUUGCUGAACUAUUGCUGCUAUUGCGCACAGAGGAGGACCGAAAAGCAGCCAAGACCCUUCGCAUGAAGUAGCAUCUCAGCCCAUCCAAAACAAGAGCCACAACUCAAGCACAAUGCGCUUAUGCUGGUGGUGAAGAUCAUCAAAGUACAACAUUGGAAAAACUUACAAAACAACUGGCAGAUAUACAGAGACAAUUGACAGCUUUGAUCACCGCCCAAUCUGGAAAAAAACAAGCCUCACCAGCUAAGACACCAACUGGUGCUGGUUCCCCACAUGCCAAAUCUUCUACUCGACACUCCAGUUCUGCACCGUCUGGACCAAGACCCGGUUAUUGCUACCAAUGUGGUGAAGAAGGGCAUAUUAAAGCAACAUGUGACAGUCCUCCAAAUCCUGCUUUGGUGUCAUUCAAGAAAAGACAACAUGCAGAGAAGCUACAGAGAUGGAAGAAUUCAAGCACAGGUCAUUCUUUAAACUGACCCCAGUUCCUGUUACGGGACGAAUUGGAACUGCUUUGGCUCAAAAAUGUCCCAAAAAUUUUACAGCUGUUACCUGCACUAAACUUACUCCUUCUCCAAUCACAAAAACAUAUCUACCGAAAGGGUUGAUUGGAUCUAAGUGUACAAGUGAAGUCCGCAUCGCUGGUCAAGUCUGCUCCUGCUUACUCGAUACUGGGUCCCAAGUUACAAGUGUUCCUGUUGCAGUUUAUAAUAAAUAUUUUUCUCAAGAACCCUUGAAGUCUCUCUCCGACCUUCUGCAAGUUGAAGGGGCAGCCGGCAAAACUGUACCCUACCUGGGCUACAUUGAAAUGAUUGUUACAUUCCCUAAAGAUUUUGUUGGUGAAGACACAGAAGUAGCAACACUCGCACUUGUGGUUCCGGAUUCCCGUCCAGAGUUUCAAUCACAAGUACUGAUUGGUAUGAAUACCCUUGAGCCAUUGUACGACCAGUAUGUGGAGAGAAAUCAAGGCAAUUUCCAGCCAAAGACACACAGAUACAGAGCUGUCCUGCAACUGCUCCAACUGCGGCGCCAACAAACACAGUUGGGCAGUGAAGGUUUUGUGAAGCUAUCAAGUGAAGGAUCAGCUACAAUUCCCCCUGGCCACACGGUUGUGGUUGAAGGUUCCAUAUAUGGAAAAACUCCACCUGCAGGCUGUUCUGUACUCAUUGAGCAUCCCUCAUCUCCAGUGGCUGGUGGACAAGUUGUCUCAUUACUAUUGCAAAGAAUACCUCCAAUAAAGUUCCUGUCAUUCUCAAAAAUGAGUCGGAACAAAAAGUGUCAAUACCAUCUCUGAGCACUAUUGCCAAUCUUAUCACGGCACCUCAAAUCUUGUCACAUCAAACUUCUCUUUCAUCCGAACUCAUUGAAAGUCUUUCGCACAAUCUACAUUUUGAUUUUGGUGACUCAAUCAUCCCAAAGGAAUGGAAAGACAGGAUUAUGACCAAACUGAAAGGAAUACCAGAGGUCUUCUCUUGUCACGAUCUGGAUUUUGGCAAAACUGGACAAGUCAAACACCACAUCAAACUGAAUGAUGAAACCCCAUUCAAACAGCGUCCAAAGCCAAUACAUCCACAGGAUGUAAGGCAGUUCGACGACAUCUGCAAGGUCUUCUCAAAGCGGGAGUAAUCAGAGAGUCUGAUUCUCCCUUUGCCUCACCUAUUGUAGUCGUGCGCAAGAAAAAUGGUGAUGUCCGUCUGUGUAUUGACUACAGAAAGCUGAACCUCAAAACCAUUAAAGACGCUUAUGCCCUCCCCAGCCUGGAAGAAUCAUUUUCAGCGUUGACUGGCUCAAGAUGGUUUAGCGUAUUAGAUCUCAAGUCUGGUUAUUACCAGAUUGAGAUGAAUGAAGCGGAUAAAGCAAAAACUGCCUUUGUUACUCCGUUAGGAUUCUGGGAGUUUAAUCGCAUGCCACAAGGCGUUACCAAUGCUCCCUCAACUUUUCAGCGACUAAUGGAAAAGUGCAUGACAGAUCUCCACUUGGAGGAAGUUCUUGUGUUCCUCGACGAUUUGAUUGUCUUUUCACAAACCUUGGAAGAGCAUGAAGAGCGCCUGCUAAGAGUCCUUAACAGAUUGAAGGAAUAUGGCCUCAAGUUAUCUCUGGAGAAGUGCAAGUUCUUCCAAACCUCUGUACGGUACCUGGGUCAUGUGGUGUCUGAGGAGUGAGUGAAGACUGAUCCAGUGAAGAUUUCUGCCUUAAAGACCUGGCCAAUUCCAUGCACCCUGAAGACCUGGCCAAUUCCAUGCACCCUGAAAGAGUUAAAAUCAUUUUUAGGAUUCGCUGGUUAUUACCGAAGGUUCAUCCGAGGAUAUUCUGCGAUAGCCAAACCACUGAAUGACUUGACACAGGGCUAUACACCACCCUGUAGAUCUGGACAGAGAGGAUCCAAUUCCAAGUCACACUACUCGACACAUACACCUUUUGGUGAAAGGUGGUCAUCAGAAUGUCAGAGUGCCUUUGAAAACCUGAUUGAGCACCUAACUACUGCACCCGUUCUGGGGUUUGCAGACCCGAAGAAGCCAUACAUCUUACAUACAGAUGCUAGUGCCAUAGGUCUUGGUGCAGCUCUCUAUCAAGAGCAAGAUGGUCACUUGGGAGCCAUCGCGUGUGCUAGCCGUGGUUUAUCCACCAGCGAAUCACGAUACCCUGCUCAUAAACUGGAAUUUCUAGCAUUGAAAUGGAGCAUUACUGCAAAAUUUCAUGAUUAUCUGUAUGGUGCUAACUUUGUUGUGGUUACAGACAACAACCCAUUAACAUACAUCCUGACAUCCGCCAAACUUGAUGCUGCUAGUCACCGUUGGCUUGCAGCACUUUCAACAUACAACUUCACACUUCAGUAUCGGACUGGCAAGCAAAACCUUGACGCUGAUGCACUGUCACGCCGUCCCCAUGAUUCAUCUCUUGAUACUUCCUCUGAUCUAGAUCUCAUCCGUCAGUUCACCGAUGGGCACAGCAGUGCACCCGGAUAUGAAAUUUCCCCAGAAGACGUCGCGGCCAUUUGCCAAAGUCGUUUUGUGAAAAACUGGAGUUCAACCAGUUCCACUGAUUACCCUCCCAUCACACUGGUUGAGUCCAUGACCACCUCUGUCAAAGCCAUCCCUGAGAGUUAUCUGGACGAAAAUCAGCAUGGGUUGCUAGUCGUUCCAGCCUUGUCUAUUGAGGAAAUCAGGGAGAAACAGAGAUCUGAUCAAUCCAUCCGAGAGGUCAUUCACCAGUUGGAAACGGGAGAGCAUGUAUCUCAUACAGUGAGACACGAGCUUCCUGAAUUGGCAUUGCUUCUUCGAGAAUUGAACCGCCUGGAAUUGGUGGAUGGUGUCCUCUACAGAAGAAGGAAAGAUAGAGAUGAAGAACUUUUCCAGCUCGUUUUACCUGAUGGGUUGAGGGCCUUGGUUCUGAAAAGUCUUCACAAUGACAUGGGACACUUAGGUGUUGAGCAAACACUAGACCUCGUACGCUCUAGAUUUUUUUGGCCACGUAUGUCAACAGAUGUUGAAACCAAAAUCAGGACUUGUGACCGGUGUGUCCGACGAAAAUCCCCACCAGAGAGAGCCGCACCCUUGGUUAAUAUUACCACCACUCGGCCACUUGAGUUGGUGUGUAUGGAUUUUUUUAUCUUUAGAACCUGACCAGAGUAACACCAAAGACAUACUAGUUCUAACGGAUCACUUUACCAAGUUUGCUGUGGCUUUACCUACCCCUAAUCAGAAACCACAUACCGUUGCACGUUACUUAUGGGAACACUUCAUAGUUUACUAUGGGAUACCUGAGAAACUGCAUACUGAUCAAGGACCAGACUUUGAGUCUAAGCUCACAAAAGAACUCUGUGAGAUUGUUGGUAUUGUUAAGACAAAAACUACUCCAUAUCAUCCACGAGGGAACCCUGUAGAGCGCUUUAACCGAACUCUAUUAAGUAUGCUCGGAACCUUGGAGCCCAAGCAGAAGAAGCGAUGGAAAGAAUACGUGAAACCACUCUGCCAUGCGUACAAUUGUACCAAGAAUGAUGUAACUGGAUUCACGCCCUAUGAAUUAAUGUUUGGUCGCUCACCCCGCCUUCCAGUUGAUCUUGCUUUCAGUCUUCCAGUUCGAGGAAAGCAGUCAAAAUCACAUUCCCAGUAUGUUGAGCAUUUAUGUUCACGGCUUGAGCAAAGUUUCGAGCUUUGUGCUAGAUAUGCGGAGAAAUCUGCAGAACACAAUAAAAGAAGAUUUGAUAAACGAGUUACCCCAUCUAGUUUAGACGUUGGUGAUCGUGUUUUAGUUCGCAAUGUGAAACUGCGAGGAAAGCACAAACUUGAGGAUAAGUGGGAGCGUGAGGUAUAUGUCGUUCUCAGCUGUGCUGGUGACCUUCCAGUAUAUACAGUGAGACUAGAAAGGGAUGACAACGCUCCAACUCAAACUCUUCACCGUGAUCUUCUACUGCCCUGUGAGUCUCUUCAGAGUGAUACUUGCCAAAAGUCUCCUGAAGCAACGCCUCCUCGCAGGCCAGUGACCAGAAGCCAGCAGCAAGAGACACCGCUUGGUGAGAAUCAUGACAAUUCUGAAGAUGAGGAUGAUUGCCAAUUACCUCUAUUUGCAAGCCUUUCACCUGAAACCUUAACUGUUAAAAAAAAGCAUCCUACCAUCGCUCGACAAUGCUCCAAAGUGUAUACUUACGGAACCUGUGAAACCCUACUUGCCUGAUCCAGGGAAGUCCUCUGCGGAUCCAGCCACAUCACCGCCUCCAUCUGUGAGAGAAGAUCAUGCAUACUUACCUGCAUCCAAUGAGCCUGUUCUCUUUUCAGCUAAAGAACCUGAAAUUGGAGAACAAGAUAAAAUGGAUGGAGAAACUGAGAAGAGUGGCCAAGCAGAAACAUCCCCAGAAUCUAGCGACCCUGCCCUUACCCAGUCGGUUGUGUUUGACUCUGAAGUUCUCGAUGCGCCUGAUGCUAUUCGUCAUUCUUCAAGACAGCGACAACCACCUAAGCGAUUUGGUUAUUCCACGUUGGGUAAUCCUUUUAUUUCAGUUGUUCAGACGCUUUUCCAUAGUCUAGCAGAUGCCUAUAGUGAGAUACUUAGUAGCCCCCCUGCAGGGAACUCUAGCUUAGAACUACCCGUUCACAUUAUAUAGUGUGCACAUGGAGGUGCACCAUCUUAAGGGGGGAGGGUGUAACGCAGGUGUGAAAUACAUUUGCGGAGACUAUUAUGCUCUUGUCUUUCUAUUUACUCUUUCCGCACUUCCUAGUCACGUGACUGCCACAGUCCAAUCAGCUGUAGGUAUAUACCGGUAGCCGGAAGUGACUGGUAUGCUCUUGCUGUAGUUAAUCUUUGGCAACUCGGCGCACUCCUUCCUUGUCACGUGACCGCGGCGGUCCAAUUGGUGGUGCUUAUAAGCCGAUAGCAGGAAGUAGCCAGGAGACAGGACAUGAGAGAUCAAUUGCAUUUCUGCUCGAGGUAGGCUUUAAACAUUGUUUUCACCUGAAAUAUUGUGCUGACGUUUUUUUAAACUACAUGCCUAUUUUGUAACUUUAUAGAGCCGACUUCCAGCACCAGAUUCUUUGUCAUUAAGCUGUGUUUGACUGUAGAAGCUGAAUUGGUGAAUCCAUAUUCAUGACAAUAGCACUUUAAGCAUUAAUAUUUCUUCAUUGCAACAGUCUUUGUGGCAUAUUCUCAAUCGUCCAUAUAAAAGGUUUGACUUAAACUAAUGAUCACAUUUGUGUAUUGAAUGUACUUUUAUGUGUUUAGAUCAUAAGCACAUUUAGUGCACUGACUGCUUUGUAUAGGUCAUAAUUAUGCUGCUAAUGGUUAUUUUAGCAUUUUAUUGCAUAUUGUGAUUCUGAUGUUUAUUGAUUUAUAUUGUACAAUAUUGAGGAAAGAAUUAGAUAAUAUUGAAUAAUAUAUUAUGAAUACUUGAUGGCAUAUUGUUGGAUAAUAUAUUAUGAAUACUAGAUAACGCAACUUAGUGUUAUUUAAUGAAGAUUUGUCUACACAUGGAUAUAUAAGAAUGGUUCUGGCUCUUACACAGGCCAGGCUUCUCUUUUUGAUGGCGAGCUAAGAAAAAUAAUCACCUAGUCCAAGGAUCAAGUUUGGAAGAUUCCAGCCAGGAACCUCACCACCUGCUCUGUCUGGGCUGGUAGGAGGCUCUCGAGCCGACCCUUUACAAUUGUCCCUUUACCUGCGGCACAUGGACUGUACUGCUGUCCUUUUUUCCCCCCAAGAACAACUAUCUGAACUGAGAUUUAAACAAGAUCCAGAGACACUGAAUAGUUAAAUGGAAUUGUAUACAUGUAUAUAGUACUUGUGUUUUUCUCUUUAAAUUACUUUCAUGUUGAAUGGCCAUUCAACUCAUUGUGUGUAUAUAUGUGUUGUCCAUCACUAAUUCUCUAAUACACGGUGUCAACCAAACUACAA